AGUUUGUAUACUGGCAUAGCCAGAAAGUUAUUUCUGGAAUACAUUUCUCCUACUCAGAGCUUUUUAAAGGAUACUUUUAAAGCUUAUAUAGAUAAAAAAUAUUCUGAAUAUGCAUCAAACCUUACUAGUACAAUUGAAAUCACCUACUCAGUCGAAGAGAAGAAGUUACAAGCAAAAGAAGAAGUUACAAGUGAAGUACAGUUGAAAUCACCAACCCAAUCAAAGAGUAAAAAAAUUGAAAUUUGUACAAUUGAAAUCACCUACCCAGUCGAAGAGAAGAAGUUACAAGCGAAAUACAAUUGA